UUUUUCUACAAGUUAGCUUCUACGUGUUGUUUUCUUGUUGGAGUUAUGAUUUACCUUAAUUAGGCAUUAUGAUUUUAGGGAUGAACAUGAGAUAUCUACGGAAAUAACUGUAAUAUCAAAAUUAAGGUAAUUUUAAGUUCUUGUCAUAAAUCGUGAUUAAUAAAAAAAAAUGUAAGUAAUCAAAUAUAAGUGUGUGAUAUAUAGAUAUUGAAUCUGUAUUCAAUAUAUGAAAAUCUGGACAUCAAAAGUAGUAUGGUAAUUAAUAAAAAGAGGCCAAUCAAAAAUUCUAUGCACAUCUGAUUAUUUUGCUUGAGUGUUUGUUAUUCGGAUAGCUGCACAUGAUCACACACCACUCGUAUAUAUGUAUGUUUAAUCGGUAGUUAUUCAAUUCUAUAUACGAUUAACAAUCACCUAAUGUAAAUAAUCCAUUGUGGCAAAUAACUCUGAUUUCGGAUUUUCCAGACUUUAUUUUUUAUUUGUACCUUUUUUUUUUUAAUUUUAUCAAAUAUUUGAUAUUUUAGCUAACAAAAAAAAUCAGGAAUAGUUACACAAAAAGUUAUUUAACCCUUUUUAACCCGCACACACUACAAACAAAUAUAUUUUUUGUGACAAUUUAUUGUGACGAAAGUAAAAUUCGUCACAUCAAUAACAAGUUUAUAUGACGAAAUCAGAUGUCGUCUCAUAAAGUAAUGUUUUAUGAGACAAAAUUAUUUUCGUCACAUUAAGUUCAUCUUAUGCGACAACAUUAUAAAUUCGUCUCGAAAAGAAAUAUCUGACUCAUUCCAACAAUUGGUGCACCCGUUUUAGUGAUAACAUUUAGCUCUUUUAUGACAAAGUAAUUUCGUCACAUUCAUUUUUAUUGUGACAAAAUUAUUUUUGUCACAAAACCAAAUAAUUUAUAAUUAAAUAUAAAUUUAAUUAUAAAUCUUUUACAAUUAAAUCUUUUGUCAUUUAGCAAUUCAAUAUUAUUUUUCCCAUCUUUUAUUUUGCAUCCGUCUCUUGUUAUUUUUCUCUCACCAUUUUCCUUCCACUCGCUCUCUCGUUUCGCUUGUCGCCUCCGCCACCUCCGCCAGCCUUCCGCCGCCUCCGUCACCACUAGCCUCUCAAUCGAUUCAAGUAAGGUAAUUUUGUUGUUCUCAAUCUCUAACUCUAGCCUCUCUACCUCUGCUCAUCUGUCAUUUUUUUUCUCUCCCAAUCUGCAAUCGAAUGUUAGGAUUUUGGUUAGAAGUGCGUAAACUGGAGUUUUUGAGCCUCUACAUUUACACCGCUGUCAUUUUUCUUCUCUCUAAUUCUGAAAUCUAAUGUUAAGGUUUUGGCUAAAAGUUCGUAAACUAGGUUUUUGUCCUCAAAAUUAAAUUAAGGAUAUCUAAUUAAAUUUUCAAAAUUCAUUGAAGAAUUCUUCGGUGUUUGAAUCUAAAUUAGGUUUUCUGAUUCAGAAUUAUGGAGUUUUCUGGUAUGGUGCUUCAAUGGAAGUGUAAUAAUGAAGCCCUAAAGGAAGAAAUGAAGAGUGAAACAAGCAUAGAUAAAAAUUGAAGUGCAUAGAUGGAAUCCCCCUGCUCUUGUUUACUAUCUAUUAAUUCUCUUUAGCCCAAAUACUUGUGUGUUCUCCUUUGUUGGUUCAUCUGCUUCGCUGGUGUCCGUUGAAAUCGGCAUUGGCUUUACUGACUGUCUCUAAGUUAUUGUAUGAAUAUACUUAUGAUUUAUUUAUAUGAAUUUUUGGUUUGUUUGAUUGACUAAUUAAGAUGAACGAGGAUUAAAAAGCGCAAAAGCAAGGAAGAUGACGAAAAACACAAAUCUCACAAAAAAUUCCAAGCGCCAUUGAGAAAGGUAUUUUCCAAUACCUGAAUUCCAUUUAAAUUGGGGUUAAUAUGAUAUUUGUUAAAACCUUGGCAUACAAAAAAGACCUCUUCAGCUAAAUAAUGGUGAAUUAACCAACGGUACGAAGAUAAAGAAGAAAGAACAGAGGGUGUAGGCUAAAGAAGAAAGAACAGAGGGGGUAGGCGAAAUGUUAACCGUUAAUACAUGCGCCUGUUUCUCUUAUUCAAAUUCCAAGGUUAUCGCAAGUGAGAGGCAAUUUGCAGAUGUGUUUGUGCCUUGUCGAUUUCCCAAAGGAAGAUGCUUCUCUCUUAAGAUGGGAUUCACUACACACCAACUUCUGCAAAGGAGUACUGCAAAUGCAGGCGUAUGGGCUGUUGUCGUAUCAGGUGUCGAUGGCGUCGAAGUUUCUUCGGUUAAAGAGUUCAGUUUUACAGCCACAUCUUCUGACAAAGACGACAAACUAAAGAUACCGAAAGAGAUUCUUUUGGAAAUUCUAGGCCCGUCGAAAGUGUACCACCAAGUUAUUAAGAAAGUGAUAAACAUUGCAAUUGCUAAAUAUGUAGCUAAGGAAGGUUUGAAAGUUGGUAAAGAUUUACAAAUCUUUAAAUGGAAUUCAGAUAACAAGUUGAGUGGGAAACGUAAAGACAAAAGCCGCAAGCAUGAUAAUUCUUCAAUUGAAGAACAACACUAUGGGAUUUCUCCUCUGCUACAAAAUCAAAAUCACUUAUGGUGGUGUUGUCAGGGGCAUGCACCUUGGUUCCUUUCUAAGAUUUAACUUACUAUGCAUAAAGUUAGUGUAAUAACAAGCAAGGAAUGAGCUAGUGUGUAAGUAUAGUUGUCUAAUUAUUGAUUUUCCCUUUGCAGAAUAACAAGCAAGGAAUGAGCCUUUAGCGGGAUGGAUUGAGUAGAACCAAUCACUUUCUUAGUCAAGGUUUCUCUUCAUUGUACGGUUUGUAUGGAUUUCAGAUUUCUUAUACUUUUCGUAUUCAUUAUACAAUAUACUAAUUAUUGAUCAAUAUGAUAAAGUUGCUAUACGAGUAUCUUUGGUUGUGUAGACUGUAUCCUUAUUACUGCAGCUUGAUUCCGUUUAAGUUCAUAUUGCUUGAAAGGAAAAGUUUCCGUGCAAAGGUGCAUCUUUGUCUUCAGGUAAUAGUACUACAACUUGAUUGCUUUAAGUUCAUGUUAGUAUUUGCAUAUUCCGCUCAAUAAUUUCCAUGGUGAAAAGUUAGAAUUCAUUAAAUUUCAGAACACUCUAAGGUACUUGUUCGGUUAUUUAACGUCACAAAUCUUUAAUUUUCAGGUUGUUAAAAAGUUAAGAAGUUAGACAAUUUUUCGAGAACUCCCGUUCCAUCAUUUGAAGCAAUGGUUGGAAAUAGAAUUGCUACAUUUUACUUAUCCAUUGAAGUACAAAGAAGAUUGUGAGAAGGAUAUUGCUCCACUAAAGGAAGGACUUUGUAUUUAUAUAUUAUGUAGUUUAAUUUUAAUGUAAGUUUCAAUUUAAUUUGUAUGUGAAAUGGUACGAUAUAUUGCAAUACAAUUUUAUUUUCGAAAUUGUUGUUUAGUUUUU